CUCUCUCCUGCCGCGCCGCUGCCGCCCACGGAGCCUCGGUCUCGCUCCUCCGUCGGCGGGAGGAAGCCGUUCGGGGAACUUCUUCGCCUGUGCGGGGAUUCCAGUCGCUCGGGUUCGCGGAUGGCUCGGGAACUGCCUCUGUGUGAUCAGCUGAUUUGCGAACGUGCGAAACUUUUGUGGCGGUUUUCGGUGCAAGAAGCGCGGUUGCUAUAAAUCUGAUAGUGUCUUGGGCUCUGAGUCCCUCGAGUCGUGAAGUUUUCUGUGGCUUAGGUAAACAAACGAAGACCAUUCUGAUUCUGUCUGGAGGAAUCAAACUGAAAUAUUUAAUUCUUGGUGAGUGAUGAUAAGAUGGAAUUCGUAUAGGUGAUCGCAAAACGUUUUAACGAUGAUUCUGAAACUCCGUUCACGGCGAUAGAUCGGAAAAAAAUUGGUCUCGCUUUAAUCUCUCUACCUGACCUGCUUCGCUCAUGACACGCGCCAGAGAGUGAGCCAUUGCCCCGCGGGUUGCAACUGCCAGGUGUUAUCGGCGAUGAAUGAGCGCCAGAGAGUGCCCCGAGGAUCUUAGUGCCGGGCGAACUCCCGCUGCCGGAGCACCCUCACGUGGCCGCUCCAGGACGCGACGGACUUAGGCAGGAGGAAAUCCCGCGCGACGGAGACGACCAACUCUGACGGCCGUGCGCUGCCUCUCUCACCUGUGUGCUGAGACCCAGCGGCGCCUCUUGAUUACAGCUGAGCCCUGCGCUUUGCCGCCGUGAUCUGUGCGAGGCCAGCAGGCGUACAGGUCGCACAGCGGAUCAAAGCAGAAGCAGCGACGGGGCGAGCAGACAGCCUGAAGCGACCAAAAGGAAAGAAGCUGGAGGAUUCACUAACGGGGUCAAGCAUGGCGUGCAAGUCCACAACCCCGUUACUACAACUGCUGCUCAUGACUGCUCUCGUGACUGCGCCGGCGACCAGCAUGAACGUGUCGUACCACAAGCCGACGCCCGACACCGUCAACAUCACCUGCGACGCCCACGGCAUCUAUCCGCAGCCGCGCCUCCUGCUGUUCCGGGGAACCAACGCCAGGACGAGCCAGGCAGUAGUAUCUUGA